UAAAACUCACACCAAUUUGAUGCAAUUUGAUGCAAUGGUUUGGAAACGGCCUAAGAGCCGCCACCUUCAUUGCAGACUUGUACACGUAUCAAUUCAUUUAGAGACUAAUCAUUUACUGUUACUUCUUGACUCUGUCACCUGACCUGAUCCCCCUUGACACUCAACAAAUCAUGACAGGUAACUUGGGAUGUGUGAUCGUCGCCGUUGACGGCAGCGAGGAGAGCAUGGACGCCUUGAGAUGGGCGCUCGAUAACCUCAAGAUCAGAGUCCCUGCCCCCGCUUCCAUCGAGCCUCCCGGUUGCUUCACCAUCCUCCACGUGCAAUCGCCACCGUCCAUCGCUGCCGGCCUCAAUCCCGGUGCCAUCCCCUUUGGUGGGCCCACAGAUUUGGAGGUACCUGCGUUUACUGCGGCGAUAGAAGCUCACCAGAGGAAAAUUACUGAGGCCAUUCUGGAACAUGCGUUGAAGAUUUGCUCUGACAAGAAUGUGAAUGUCAAAACCCAAGUGGUGGUUGGGGAUCCAAAGGAAAAGAUCUGUGAAGUAGUUGAGAAUUCGCAUGCUGAUUUGCUUGUGAUGGGCUCUCAUGCUUUUGGCCCUAUUAAAAGGAUGUUUCUGGGAAGCGUAAGCAACUACUGUGCCAACCAUGCAGCAUGCCCAGUUGUCAUAGUUAAGGGCAAGGGUGCAACCUCUUAAGCAUAAGUAGGGUGAUACUGCUGAGCAAAGUUACGUUUAAUGGAGUGCUAUUGUGAUGCAUAACCAGGAUUGUUGGGAUGUCGUGU